CUGGCCAAGGAUGACGUCGGCGCCCUCUGGCAGCAGCUCCUCAGCAGCGGGCAGCAGCCUUCGGACUGGACCAAGGAGCAGCUGGCCGACGCCUUCACGCAGGUCCAGAACAGCUCCCUGGGCACAGGCACCCUGCAGGCUCCCUGGGCACAGGCACGCUGCCUGGGCAACCCGCCCUUGGUCAGCGGGCUACUGGCCGCCAGCGCGGGCGCCAAGGAGCUACAGGUACCAGCAGCGGCCGCCAUCACGCACACCUUCGAGACCUUCAACGCCAACCAGGGAAAGCUAACCCUCCAGAAGCGGCUGAGAAGGUCAACAGCAAUGGUCAUCUUGGCCCAUGAGAUCGGCUACGGCAUCGACGAUUGCGAGAGCCUCUCCCCUUGGGCAACGGCACGCGGCUGGCAAAGCCUCAUCGUGCCAGGGCUGCCCUCACGAGGACAUCUCCCCUCUGCAGAUCUGGCAGUUUUCGCCAGGGAGGGGAUCGGGCUGCGCGGGCCCACGUACCCUGACGAGGCCCCGCCCAGACGUGCAGGCAGCGUCAACGAGACCAUCUCGCACGGCACCGAGCUCGUCCGCGGCAGGGCCCAGCACGUCGUCGUGGAGUUGCCGAACUGGCCGCCGCUCAACGUCGUCAACGUCUACCUCCACACAGGGGAGGGCAUGAGCAACCGCAACGCCAGCCUCCUCAUGACGGUGGGGCUCGCGCUCGCGGGCCAGGCUCACCCUGGCAUCAUCGGCGGCGACUGGAACAUGGACGUGCAGGUUGUCAAGGACUCCAGCUUCCCCGUGCACGCGCAGCUGGAGAUGGUCACCCCGAGGCACGCGACCUGCAGGACAGCGGCGUCGGUCUCAACCAUCGACUACUUCGGGCUGACCACGGGCUCCAUGCGCAUGCUAGCUGCAUGCAAGGCCGACUUGACCUGGGCGGUAAAGCCGCAUCGACCAGUUCAGCUACAACUGACAGCGGAGGGCACCAAGCUCAGGUACCUCACUUACGUCGGCGGCGCGAAGAUACCAGCGCAGACCGUGCACGGCCCAUUCCUCGAGGAGAGCAGCUGGUCCCUGGAGCGCAGCUUCGCUGAGCAGGCGCUGAAAAUGGCCAAGGAGGCGCCCGCUGCAGUCGCCUGGCGUUUCCUCUCGAAGGCUUGGGGCAGAUGGGCGACAAGGGCGGCCUCGAGGCUCGGGCAUCUCACAGGUACGGAGGUGCGGGCCAGCGCCUACGCUCGUCCGCUCCAAGCCAAGUGGGUCGAGCGCGAGCACCAGAUCCUCACGGAUGAUGAGGUGCAGGCGAUCGCGGAUGGCUGGAAGUGGCUGCAGGACUGCCUGGCGGGCCUCUCCACUGCAAAGGCGAAUGCCAGGACACCUGAAGGCCGACAGGUCCUCGACAACGAGGUGCAGGGCUUCCUCACUGUUGACUACUGUGGCCAGAACCUCAGCGCGCGGCUCGACGCAUGCGUUCGGCAAGCUCGGCAGCGAGCGCAGAGGAGUUUCAGCAGCGAGGACAUCAGGACCUUCUCGGAAGAGAUCGACGAGGACGUCAACUUCGCCAUGCAGCAAGCGAACAAGGAAUCUUCGAGGCGCUGGAAAGAGUGGUGCGACGGGGCGUGCGCUGGCGGAGCGAGGAAGCUUCACAAGGCCACGCGCGCGCGAGAGGUUCAGGCCCCCACCACUGUCAACGACUCGGAGAACGGCAUCACAGGGCACCCGCACUUUGUAGUCAAGGAUAUGGAGGAUACGCACGCAGCGCUUUGGAAGGCGGCGAAGGAGGCCCCCCAGGCGCGGAUUCCUGAUAGGUCUACCCUCGAACGGCCAUCACCAGAGGAACUUCGACGCGCCUCCCGAACCUUCAGCAUCACGACCUCCAGCAGCCUGGACGGCCUGCACCCUACGCACCUGGAGCACCUCAGCGACGACGGGUUGGAGGGCUUGUGCGACAUCAUGCUGGCCUGCGAGGCGCUGGGCCUCUUCCCCGUCCAGCUGACGUGGAUGGUGAUGCCGAUGCUGCCCAAGGCCGCUGGCGGCCACCGGUUGAUCAUCCUGUUCUCCAUGGCCUACAGAGUCUGGCAACGACUCCGUAAACCUGCCCUUCUACCUCUACAAGAGGCUUUACGUAGGCCCUACUGGGCGGCGGCCAAGAACAGGAGCGCGAUCGACAGUGCCUGGAUCCUGGCGGCGGAUGCGGAACAGAAUGCAGAGGCAGGGCGGCACACGGCCGCCAUCAUCGCUGACUAUAGCAAGUACUACGAGCUGAUUCCCCUGGACGAAGCAAGGGAUAAGCUGCUGAGGCUCGGCAUGCCCUUGGCGAUGGUCAAAAUUGUGUACAACCAGUGGAGAGGACCACGAGUGAUACGACUUCACCAGCAUCACGGCGCGCAGCCACGGCAUGCACAGUUCGGCCUCCCAGCAGGCGACGGAUACGCAGACGUGGUCAUAAAGGCGCACGCCAUCGAGCAGUACGACAUCUACGUCACGCUCCACCCGCUGGUAAGGUUCGCGUCCUACAUCUACGACACCUCCCUCGGCAUCAACGGGGCCACCAAGGAGAGCGUCAUCCUGCAAGCGGUCGCGGCGGGAAAUGCCUUUUUCAAUGUGGCUAAGAAGCUCGGCGCCCGCAUUAAUGAUAAGCUGGCGGUGGUGGCCAGCUCAAAUGACAUCGGGAAGGAAGUGGUUCGGCAGCUGAAACUACCCACAGACAUGAAUCGCACUCGGGCGACCUACCUGGGCACGGACUUCGCGGGAGCACGGAGGAGGCGAGGGAAGCUCCUCCGCGCCAGGCAACAGGCGCGCCACAAGAUCUACAAGCAGAGGCUGCGCAAGCUGGGUCGUUUCCGACAUCGACUUCCAGGACAGCAGACGCAGCGGACGGCCAAGGUCUUCCGAGCUGGAGCUCGACCAGCGGCCACCUUCGGCGUGGAGAUCAACGGGCUCACCGACAGGGAGCUCCACAAGCUGCGCACGGACUUCGGCAAGUUCCGCAAACCCUGUCAUGGGGGCGUCUCAGCCUCGGCCAAGGUGGUGCUCCUGGGCGACCCCACGGUGGCGAUUGCAAUGGCGCCAGUGCUGCAGUGGUCGCGGAUGGUCUGGAUGGCAGUAUCGCAACCUGAGCAGGCACCAGUACCUCUGGCACUACUUACGACGUGGUGGAGGAGAGCGGUGGAAGAGCCUGGGGUAUGCAGCACGUGGGGAACUACCCGCGGGCCUCUCCAACGAGCUGCCCUCUCGCUGGCGCGGGCAGGCUGGACAGCAACCUCGGCACUAAGGUGGCGUAACCAUCGAGGCGACCUGGUCUUUGUGGAGCAGCUCACCCCAGGACUACUGCUCCAGAUGUUGCAGCAAGGCGUUCAAUGUCAGCAUGAGCGAGACCUAGCGGACAAGCUUGGCCUUGGUGAGGGCAAGCGCGCCACCUUCGACAUCCUAGCCCCCCUGGUCUCCCUGCGAAGCAAACGGUACACGGCGCACCAGAAGUUCUGCAUCAUGAAUGAACUUGAGCAGAUGGCAGCCUGCUUCCUCAGGGAUGAUGACGCUAGCAUGGAGGUCGCCACCGAUGGCUCGUGCACCAAGCCGCCCAUCAAGGAAUUCCAGCGAGCAGGGUGGAGCCUAGCCCUGCUCGGCCCCCGCUCAGACAGGCCGCUGGCGACUAUGCACGGAGCAGUACCUGCAUCUUUGCCCCAGGAGUCGGCCGUCGGAGAGCAUCUGGCGGCGGUUUUCGUGUCGCAGGGCGUCAUCCACCUGGGCAACAAGCAGAAGGAGCUGCAGUUGAAGGCCAGGACCCCCUAUGCGUGCAUCGCCCACUUCGCGCAGUCGCUCGACGGCUUCAAGCACGUGCAGCAGUACGCCCACGUCAAGGCGCACCGCUCUGGGGACGAGUACGCAGCGCUCUCCGACAGCCAGAGGAGGCUCACGGACGCGAACAUCGUGGCGGACCUCAGGGCCAAGGAGGCAGCGGCGAUCCACCCCGCCCCCGAGCAGAAGGCAGUCGAGGAGAUGCAGAAGGCCGUCGACAGGAUCAGCCAGAUUGCGAGGCUGAUUGCCCACGUCAUGCCCAUCUUCGACAAGGACGACCAGAUCAGGUGGACCAGGAGGGCACCGACCUUGCGGCGGGCAGCGAGCACGAGGAAGGCAACCUGGCACCAAUGGCAAGAUGGCGAGCUGGGCGCGCAGUGCUCCACCUGCCUGCAGCUGCACAUGCCUGGGCAGCCGCUCCCCCUCACGGGGUGCCCUGGGACGCCCACCUUCCUGCUGGACCAUCGGCGCAACCCCAGCGGCCACAAGCUGGUCGCGGUCAACCAGAAGGGCACCUUGGAGAGCGGCGCGCAGGACACCUACAGGCCAGUGCUCAUCUGCGUGAAGUGCGGGGCUUGGGCGCUGCAGCGGCGCAAGGCCAAGUUGCGGCAGCCAUGCGCAGCUGCCACCACCAAGGGCCUCGAGGUUCUCAACAACCUGAGGCGCGGUGUCGGUCCUUUCAAGAAGCUGAAGAAGUUUAUCGACCGCACCACCCCACUUCGGCGGCUGGAGGCGACGAGCGAGGUCCACACCACCUUCACGAAGGUCGACAUCUUCAGCGGCACGGACGCGGCGGCGCCUGCGGCAGGCUUCGAGAGCAGGAUGGCCGCACUUCAUCAACGAUUCGCGGAGCUCGAAGGGAUAGGCGUGCUGGGGCGCGACUUAGGGGAGCUCAAGGAGCUGCCGCUGCUGGGCGUCCCCUCCUCGGCCGCGGCGGACAUCGUGGAGCACAUCGCGGAGCGUGCUGCUGCUGGGGCUGCUGGCGCGGGGGCGCCGCGCGGCUCGGUGGCGACCUUCGACGGCUCGGACGCGCUGGACGAACAGUACGUGGACGCGCUGGGCGACGACGAGCACGACACCCAGGCGGCAGCAGCUGGGGAGGCGCUCGGCUUGGGCACGGACUGCUUCGACGGCUCGGCCGCGCUGGACGUCCAGGUCGGGGGCGCGCUGGGCGACGACGAGCACGACGCCGAGGCUGCAGUUGCUGCGGAGGAGCUCGGCCUGGCGAUGGACCUCGACAGCUCGGGCGCGCUGGGCGACGGCCUCCUGGGCGCGCUGGGCUUCGGCGCUGAGGCUGCUGCUGCUGGGGAGGCGGGCAGCUCGCUGGCGGUCGCCGACGGCUCGGACGCGCUGGACGUCGACACCGAGGGCGCGCUGGGCGACACCGAGCACGACGCGGAGGCCGCAGCUGCGGGGGCGGCGGGCGGCCUCAUCGCGGGCGUCGACGGCUCGCACGCGCUGGGCGUCGACCUCGAGGGCGCGCUGGGCCACGCCGAGCACGACGCCGAGGCGGCUGCUGCGGGGGCGGCGAGCGACUCGGCUGCGGCCAGCGGCGCCUCGGACGCGCUGGACGGCAACGCCGCGACGGCGCUGGGCUCGCUGGGUUUCGCCGAGCGCGUCGCCCGUCUCCUGGCGGCGGCUGGCGCGCGCGAGCAGCAGGCCCCAGGCGCGGCCGCCCCCAGCCUGGGCGGCGAGCGCGACGGCGCCAGUGCCUCGGCCGCGCUCGAGGGCAGCGGGCGCGGCGCCGAGGCGGCCGCAGAGGGGGCGGUGCGAAGGCCGACUGCCACGUACCCCCCUCAGCGCCACGGGCAUGCUUGGGAAAGAGUCCCCGCCCUCGGCGAUUGGCCAGGGCCCUGGGAUCCUCGGGCCGCACCGAGCGUUCGAGGGCAAGGACGUGGACACGGCGGCGCUUUCGACGACCGCGUGGCCGUGCUGGACGGCGGCCGCCGCGCCCCGCUGGGCGACCUCGAGCACGACGCCGAGGCUGCUGCUGCUGGUGCAUCGCCGCGGGCGGCUCGAGCCAGCGCCGACUCCGUGGAGUCGAGGGCGAGCGCGGAGGCCAGGGCAGCCGAGUUCAAGAAGCUCGUCGCGCAGGACGUGAGCCCCUUCGGCCAGAACUUGCUCCUCAUCUGA